GCCCCGCCCCUCCUGUCACGCGCCCGCGGGUUCCGGGUGCGGGCGGCGCGGGGCGCGCGCAGACGUCCGGCAGGGGCCGGGCAGCCACAUCCCCAUGUGGAGAGCAGCUGGUGCUGGGUCAUGAGCAACGCCACAGCCCCCACAGCCCCAGGCACCGCGGGUGACUCGCUGGUGGGCUACAUCCUGGGACCCUUCCUCCUCGUCACUCUCCUCGGUGCCCUCCUGGCCGUGGUGAUGUACGUCCAGAAGAAGCGGAGGUUCGACCGCCUGCGGCACCGCCUGCUGCCGAUGUACAGCUACGACCCGGCCGAGGAGCUGCAGGAGUCCGAGCAGGAGCUGCUGGUGGAGGCGGAGGACACCCGGGUGGUGCCUGGCUGGGGGGGGGCCUCACCCCAUCGACCCCCACGCAGGGACUGGAAGGCCUGAUCCUGCCUGCAG